ACUCCUGUUCUGACAGUUCUGGGAAGGAACCGCUAGUGUCGUGUUGUGCUUGUCAGUCCCUGUUCCCACUGUUUUUGGGGCACUUUGGCAAGUUGCUUGGUCACGUCUCGAAAUGAAUGAAUGAGUCCAAGACAGCUGUCAGUGGCAUAACAAAACGCAACCGAACGGAACCGUGCGCCACCCUCGCCGAAAACUCCAGAUGCCGGAUUCAAGAUGGUGCAAAAGUACCAGUCCCCGGUCCGGGUGUACAAGUACCCAUUCGAGAUGGUGAUGGCGGCAUAUGAGAAGCGCUUCCCCACAUGUCCUCUCAUCCCCGUUUUCCUGGGUAGCGAGGUCCUCAGUGACGUCAUCAGCGAUGAUGGGUCCGUGCGCGUGAUCGAGCGCAGCUGCAAACUCAGUGUUGACGCCCCUCUCCUACUCAAGAAGAUAGCAGGUGUGGAGUAUGUGUACUUCAAUCAGAAGAAUACUCUAAACUGGCGAGAUCGUACCCUGAUCAUUGAGGCUCACAAUGACACCUUUGCCAACCGCGUCGUCGUCCUGGAGACAUGCAGCUACAGUGUCCAUCCGGACAAUGAGGACUGGACGUGUUUUGAGCAGUGUGCCUCACUAGACAUCAAGUCAUUCUUCGGCUUCGAGAGCACUGUGGAGAAGAUCGCCAUGAAGCAGUACACAGCCAACAUCAAACGGGGUAAGGAGGUGAUCGAGUACUACCUGAAUGAGUUGAUGCAGGAGGGCAUUACGGAGGUCCCACGCUGGACUCCCCCUCAAGGCGAGCUACGACGACCUUUAACCUCUACACCCUCCGCCUUCCUCUCAGCCGCCGCCUCCUCUUCCUCUUCCUCCUCGAAACCCAUUGGCUCCCCGAUGCACCUUGACCUCUCGUCGCCUGGCAACAGUAGCCGUGAUGUGACCAGCUUUAGCGCGGGGAGCUCGGAACCCUCCACACCUGAGGAUAAGUUGGAUGCAGAUUACAUAGAGCGUUACCUGGGAGAGCUGAGCCCCAUGCAGGAGAGCUGCCUCAUCCAGCUCCGCACAUGGCUACAGGAGACUCACAAGGGCAAGAUCCCUAAGGAUGAGCACAUCUUGCGUUUCCUGCGUGCCAGAGAUUUCCACCUGGAGAAGGCUCGGGACAUGCUCUGCCACUCCCUCUCCUGGAGGAAGCAGUUUCAGGUGGACUACAUCCUAGAGACGUGGUCGCCCCCUGCCUGUUUGGUGGAGUACUACGCCGGCGGCUGGCAUCACCACGAUCACCAGGGGCGACCGCUGUACAUCCUGAGGCUGGGGCAGAUGGACACCAAGGGACUGGUGAAGGCACUGGGGGAGGAGGCAUUGCUCAGACAUGUGCUGUCCAUGAAUGAGGAGGGCCAGAAGAGGUGUGAAGAGAACACCAAAAUAUUCGGCAAGCCCAUCUCCUCGUGGACGUGCCUGGUAGACCUGGAGGGCCUCAGUAUGCGUCACCUGUGGCGUCCGGGUGUGAAAGCUCUACUGCGCAUCAUAGAGGUGGUGGAGGCCAACUACCCUGAGACCCUGGGACGCCUGCUCAUAGUACGAGCACCACGAGUCUUCCCCGUCCUCUGGACUCUGGUGAGUCCCUUCAUCAAUGAGAACACGCGUCAGAAGUUCCUGGUGUACAGCGGGAACAACUACCAGGGCCCCGGGGGCCUCUCAGACUACAUCGACCAGGAAAUCAUACCAGACUUCCUGGGCGGGGACUGCCUGUGCCAUGUGCCAGAGGGAGGGCAGGUGCCCAAGUCAUACUACCAGACAGAGGAGGACUUGGACAACCCAGACCACAUACGCCUGUGGGCCGACACCAUCUACCAAUCAGCACAAGUCUUCAAAGGGGCACCACAUGAGAUCAUGAUCGAGAUUGUCGAGGGGUCGUCGGUGAUCACGUGGGACUUUGACAUCCUGAAGGGCGACGUGGUAUUCAACAUCUUCCACUCCAAAAGGACCCCUCAGCCCGUUAAGAGAGAGGCGUCCGGGUCUGCGCCUGUCGUAAAUAAUAACGUUCAACUGAUUGACAGGAGCUGGGUGCUGGGAGUGGACUAUAGCAUGGUGGAGUCGUCUCUUACCUGUCACGAGGGAGAGAGUAUACAGGGUUCCCACAUAACGCGUUGGCCAGGCAUAUACAUCCUGCAGUGGAAGGCUGCUGCCGUGGCGACAGGCCACACCCCUUCCUCCUCAUCAGGCCACACCUCCCUCCACAGGGUUGCCGUGGACGACGUGCUGGCCUCCCGGCAGGGUUCCUCCCCCCGGUGCAAGGUCAUGUUCUACACCGAGGUGCUCGCGUCACACGACUUCAGGGGCAGUAUGAGUAGUCUGGAGUCGUGCCACAGCAGGUUCUCCCAGCUGAGUGCUGCCACUACCUCAUCCAGCCAGUCACAGGGCAGCUCGCUCAUAUCCAGAUAA